CCCCCCCCCCCCAAAGGACCCCGUUUCUCUCCGGGAUCUGUGAUCGCCGCUCCUCCCUUCGAACCCAUCUCCUCCUCCAGUCGCGCCAGACCUCAGCGCCACCGCUCAUCUCGAAUUGUCGCCUCCAUCCGCUCGGCUCGCUCACAUCUCCGGUGUCGCCACGAUGCCUGCCGAUGUGCUUCGUCCCUCUUCAUCCUCCUCUACAUUCCCAUCAUCAUCCCCCUCCUCUGCAUCAUCAUCAUCAUCCCGUCCGCCGACGAGGAUGCUGCUGCUGCUACUGCUGCUGUUGAGCGGCGCGCGUUUCGCCACCGCCGCGGGUUCCUGCCGCCCCCGAGACGCCGCCGCUGCCGCAACCGCUCUCGACGCUGGGCCGGACGCCGUCGGCCCGCGCUGCUGCCCGGGUCGCGACAACUCGUGCCGCGGGCUCGACGAGGACGCGGGGGGUCCGGUCCAGCGAGCCCGCGAGGCCCUCUGCUACUGCGACGCGCACUGCGAGAGGACGGGCGACUGCUGCCCCGACCACGCGCACGUCUGCCGGGAGAGCGCGGUGGACUGCACCGUGGGCCCGUGGGGCGCCUGGUCUCCGUGCGACUCCGCGUGCGCCCAGGGCAAGCAGGGCCGCGCCCGUGCCAUCCUCGUGCCCCCGAGAAACGGGGGCCGGGGCUGCCCGGACCUGAGGCAGCGGCGCGGCUGCUACAGCCCGCAGAGCAACGCCUGCCGCGGCGCGGAGGAGAUGGCCAGCUUACUGCCAGAGUUCUACCGGCAGGAGCAGAAAGACCCCUGGAGAAGACCCCACGUGGUGCUCAUGGAGGAGGAACCCAGCCACUGCGUCUACUUUCGCGUGGACCACGUGAGCAGCGGCUGUCAACUCCCGGGGCUGGUGUCGAACCGGGCCCUCUCCUACCCGCCGGCACAGGCGGCGGCGCUCUGGGCCAAUCGCCUGCGCCGCGGGAACCGCGUGUGCGCCGAGUGCAGGGGCGGGGCGGCGAGGGGCGGGGCCCGGGGGGGGUGUCCGGGGGAGGGGGUGCAUGCGAUCACGACGUUCUGGGAGGCCGCCUGGGUGCCCGGCUGCCGGGGCUCGUGGGUGCGGGAGGAGCGGCGGGAGCGGUGUCGGUGCCGCGGCGAGAGCCACGCAGCUCUGCUCGUGUGA